AUGGAAAUCCCACUAAAGUACAAACAAUUGUGGAACAACUGGGACGUUCGUGUCUUGAUUUUACUUAGCCUAUCCAUCCAAAUUAUUCUUAUCUUCCUCGGCCGCCUGAGAAGAACUUCCACCUCGAGAUGGAUACGAAUGGUCGUUUGGGUCAGCUACAUCUUGGCUGAUUGGGUUGCCAGCUUUGCCCUUGGCAACCUAAGUAGCAACAUGGAUGAUUCCUCCUCCUCCAACGUCGUCAUCGCUUUUUGGGCUCCCUUCCUAAUCCUUCAUCUUGGUGGCCCUGACACUAUUACUGCUUACUCUAUGGAAGAUAAUGAACUUUGGGCUCGCCAUCUUCUCGGGCUUGGAUACGAGCUCUUUAUUGCCUUUUAUGUUCUCUUCCGAUCCCUUCCCGACACCCGCCUACUCAUGCCCACCCUCUUGAUAUUCUUAGUCGGCAUCAUAAAAUAUGUAGAGCGUUCUUACUCACUAUACAAAGCCAGUGUUGAAGGCAUUCAGAGUUCCAUCAACCCCCUAUCACCAACAAAAUUAGAAAGAACAAAUGAUUUGAAUGCUUUGAGUCAAGAUUUUUGGUUAUACUAUGCUGCUAAGCCUUCUUUUAUUGAUGUUGCUCCAUACUCUGAUAAGUAUUUGAUAAUUAAAACAAUUUUCAUGAAUAUAUCAGCAGAGGAGGUUUUGAUGGUUAUAAGAAAGGAGCUUAGUAAUGCUUAUGAUGAGUUUUAUACUAAGUCCAUUGUAAAUCACUCCAUACUUGGGUAUGUUCUCCGAGUUCUCUGUUCUACUUGCAUUUUGCUGGCUUUCUCGCUCUUUAUUUUAGAGCCAAAGAAUGAUUUUAAUAAGCUUGAUGUAGCCAUCACCUACGUCCUUCUUGCAACCUCUAUAUGCCUCGACUUUAUGGCUACUGUCAUGCUUAUGUUUUCUGACAGGAUGAUAGUUUAUCUCCUUAAUGUUAAGAAGCUAAGCAAAUGGAGUGUAUUACUUGCAAAAUUUUUUGUUAGAAUUAAAAAGGCAUGUCCUAAGAGAAAGUAUUGGUCGAUAAAGUUGCCACAGUUGAAUCUACUCAGUAAUUGUCUCUCAAUUUCUUCACCCAAUAAAACUCUUCAACAUAGGAUGAUGAGUUGGGUUGCAAAAAGGCUAAGAUUUGUGCAAGAAAUAAAGUUGAAUAUAACUCCCUUAAUUGGGGAAAGUAUUAAACUAGAAACAUUCACCUUACAUACAAUACAGCCUGUGCAGGCAACACAAGAUGUUCUAGAGUUGAUUGUUUCCCAUUUAAAAAGCCGCAUUCAUUUAGACUUAUUUGAUUUCAAUGAACCAGCGGGCUCAUCUUCACUUCGACAAGUAACAACCAUCCGUAAUUGGGCUGUAGAGCCAUUUGUUCAGCUUUUUGAGAAGUUCUCCCUUGAAAAACAAGUUCUGAUAUGGCACAUCACUACAGAUCUUUGCUUUUAUUGGAAUUCAGAGUCUCAACAUCUCUUGGAACCUCAUCAAACUAAGAUGGAAGUAGAAAAAAAUAGAUUGAAAGGAGUAAAGAGAACGAGCACCAAAAUGGAAACUUGUAAGUACUUGUCCAACUAUAUGAUGCAUACAGUGAUGAUACGAUCAUAUAUGAUGUCAAACAUGGGAGGAGAGAGCCAUAUACUUGCUGGGAAGGUUAUUAAAGAUAUGGUUGAGUUCAUUCAUAAGAGUUAUGAUGGUCAUCAUUUACAAAUGCCAAAUGAAAUAGUUGAGGCGUGCAUGAAGAUGAAAGAGACACCAAUAGAAUUUGGCAACCUUAUUACAUCUUUGUUUGGUACAGCACGAGUGCUUGCUCAUUUGAUGUUAGUUAUUAGUGAGGAAGAGAGAUGGCAAGUCAUAACCACAGCAUGGGUAGAGCUUUUGCAGAAAGUAGCGAUGAGUUCAAAGGGAAACAUACAUAUGAAGCAGUUGAGUAUAGGAGACGAUCUCUUGACUUUUGUGUGGCUUCUCAACAAAAAUAUAAAUGCAAAUAUUCUAGACGAACCAGUAGCUGCUAUUUAUGGUGUUUAUGAUAAAAUAUGGGAUUUCCUCUCUGAGAUCAAAUCUCAUUUGAACUUAUAA